AACAUAGAAAGGCACUGCAAAUUAUUUGUAACAAAGAAAAAAUGGCUUUUAAAUUAAAUUACACUCUUAUAUUGUUUUCCCUGGCAUUUUAUUUGCUUGUCCUAGAAAUUAAUGGUCGUACGCACGCUCCUGAAGGCGAUACCAUUGUGUUUGACAUAACCAAGAAUGGAGCUAAGCCUGGUACCAAUGUUGCAAAGGCUUUUAUGCGUGCGUGGAGUGAUGCAUGUGCAUCGAAAAAACGAAGCAAGGUUUUAGUUCCUAAAGGAAAAUACUUGCUAAGCCCUAUUACGCUUAAAGGUCCAUGCCAAACACCAAUUACAAUAGAAAUUUUAGGCAAUUUCAAGGCCGCUUCGGAUUUGGCAUCCUUUAAAGGUGAAGAUGCAUGGUUUGAGAUAGAUAACGUCGAUGGUCUGACAAUCACAGCUCCUAAAGGAGCAGGUGUGUUCGAUGGCCAAGGAAAAGAAGGUUGGAAAAAUAAUCAUUGUGUUAAGACUUUUGGCAGCUGCAUAUUCCUUCCUCAUAACUUUAGGUUCAAUUAUCUGACGAAUUCAAAAAUUAUUGGAAUCACUUCACUAAACAGCAAGUUGUUUCACAUGACCCUCCAAGGGUGUAAAAACCUGGAAAUGACUAACAUGAACAUAACCGCCCCAGGAGACAGCCCUAACACGGACGGUAUUCACAUCGGACGUUCAGAUGGCAUUACCAUUAGAGGAGUCAAGAUUGCCACCGGAGAUGAUUGUAUCUCCUUCGGUGAUGGGUCAAAAAACAUCCUUGUAGAGCAUGUCACAUGUGGACCUGGCCACGGUAUUAGCGUGGGGAGUCUGGGUAGAUACCCCAAUGAGCAGCCAGUGUCAAAUAUUACUGUAAGAGAUUGUACCAUCAAGAACACUCUCAAUGGCGUCCGGGUUAAAACAUGGGGCGCCUCUUAUGAAUCCUCUGCCAGUUUGUUGCAUUUUGAAGAUAUCACUAUUCAAAAUGUUACAUUUCCCGUCAUUGUUGAUCAAGAAUAUUGCCCCCAAAAUCAUUGCAAACAAAGGUCCUCGUCCAGAGUUAAGAUUUCCAACGUUCGAUUCAAAAACGUGAAGGGGACAUCAGGUACCAAGGACGCCGUACAACUGAUUUGUAGCAACACCGCGCCAUGUAACAAGGUGGAGCUUACUGAAAUAGACUUGAAAUACAAUGGAAAAGAUGGUCCCGCGGUUUCAAAGUGUAAAUUUGUCAAGCCUAUUCUUACUGGAAAGCAGAAUCCACGCGCUUGUGAUGCACCUGCUGCCCCAGUUAUUGAAGUAGCUGAAUCAGACUCUUGAAAAAAGCUACCAAAAUUUUGACCGUCACUUUAAAAUCAUGUUCCUUUAAAGAAAUUUGUUUUGAGAAGGAAAAUAAAAGAAAAAAGAAUAUUAUUCUACCUCUAGAUUUACCACGUCGAUGCUCCAAUCAGUGGUGGAUAAAUAAUAUUUAGUUAGAUUAAAUAGAUUUGAAAUUUUUUUAGUGGUGCCAAAUGGUUAAUGGGGAAACUCAUAAACUUUUAAAAUUGUAAUAAAAUUUUCCAAAAAUAAAAAAUUCAAGUGGGGUCAAUUGAGCCCACAUUUUACUAAGUGGCUCCGCCAUUGACCCCAAAAUAGUAAAAGUUUAUACUUUUAAAAUAGUAAGUUUGUCUUUUUCAUCUUGUUUUA